AUGGAAGACUCGUGGUUUGUAAAUUUACAUGUAGAUGGAGUAUCAGUAAAGUUCAAAGUGGACACGGGGGCACAGUGCAAUGUGAUGCCCAAACACCUGUAUGAUUCUGUUGUAAAGACCAAAGUGUUACAGCCAGGCCCACGAGUGACGGCAUACAAUCGUCAACCGGUGAGAGUGAUGGGACAACAGCGACUAAACGUCACGUAUAAAGGCCUCCAGUUUAAAGUGUUGUGCGUAAUAGCUGAGGAGGUGGACAUACCAGUGCUGGGGUUGCCGUCAUGCAAGCAAAUGAACGUUGUUAGAUUAGUUGACUCAGUGGAAAUUCCCCAGGCACUGAACAGCGGUUCGGAAAAGUCAAGGCAAGUCUCAAUUAACACUCUUCUCAACAAGUACGCAGCAAUGUUCAAAGGAAUCGGCAAACUACCUACCAAACAUCACAUUCAACUCAAGCAAGGAGUCGCUCCAGUAGUUCGUCCGGCUCGGAGAAUACCAUUCAAAAUUAGAAGUGCAGUGUUAAAGAAACUAAGUGAAAUGGAAAACCUGAGGCUAAUUCAAAAAGUCAGUGAACCAACGGAGUGGCAUUUCCAAGUUCCGUCGGCUCAGGAAAUAUUUGCAAGAAUAGGAAAAGCCCGCUAUUUUUGGACGCGACGUCCGGGUUUCUUCAAGUUCAGUUAA